AUGAACCUUUGCCGACACGCAGCGCAGAUCUGUCUAUCUCAAGCUCCUUGCUGCAUCACAUUUGAUACCAUGGCCCAGGCUGCUGCCGUCGGAGCCCUUCUCGGUGCCAGCACCGCCUUCUUGGCACCCAGUGCCGCCCCUGCCCCUGCGCCUGCCCUCCGUGGUGCCCCUCACAGCUCCCGCGACUCCACCGGCCCUGGCCUUGCCGGUGCUGCAGGUGUUGGUGCGGCAGCACUGGGGCUGGGACUGCUGGCAGCCCGUCCGGCGGCUACCGCGUGCCGCGCGGCCGCGGUGAAGAAGAAGGGCGUGAAGGUGGUGCACGGCAAGGAGAUCCCAUGGAACCUCUUCUCCCCAAAGGCGCCUUACCAGGGAAAGGUGCUUGAGAAUGACGUGCAUAAACAGACCUUGACCGAACCCACUGGCGAUGCCAACUGGGAGACGACCCAUGUGACCUUCGACCAUGGAGGCAAGGUUCCUUACAUCGAGGGCCAGUCCAUUGGUGUCAUUGCGCCGGGACCUGACAAGAAGGGCGAGCAACCUGCCAAGAUCCGCCUCUACUCGAUCGCCUCCUCCGCUGUGGGCGAUGAUCAGACCUCCAAGACAGUCUCCCUGUGCGUGAAGCGUGUGGUCGAGGUGGAUGGCAAGUUCGCCAACCGUCAGAAAGGUGAGGACAAGCCUGAUAAGGCGGGCACCGCCUACCCCGAGAACCAGGUCUACCGCGGCGUCUGCUCCAACCACAUCUGUGACAUGACCCCAGGCGAUGAAGUCUUGAUCACUGGCCCCACGGGUGCAGAGAUGCUGCUGCCAGAGGACCCCGAGGCAAACAUCAUCAUGUUGGCCACUGGUACUGGCAUCGCACCCAUGCGCUCGUAUUUGAGGUUGCUCUUCCACGACAAGGCUGGUGCAAGCAGCGAUGGCGGCCGCAAGUUCAAGGGCAAAGCGUGGCUCUUCAUGGGUGUGCCAUAUUCCAAGUCCUUGCUCUACGAUGACGAGCAUCAGACCUACAAGAAGGCCUUCCCGGACCAGUUCCGCUACGACUACGCCGUCAGCCGCGAGCAGAAGAACGCUGCGGGACAGAAGAUGUACAUCCAGACCAAGAUGGCCGAGUAUGCCGAAGAGCUUUGGGAGAUGAUGCAGGAUGAGAAGACUCAUGUCUACAUGUGUGGCUUGAAGGGCAUGGAGAGCGGCAUGGCGGAGUGCUUCGGCCCCAUUGCCGAGAAGAACGGCCUUGUUUGGGCCGAGUUUGCCAAGGCCAUGAAGACGCUUGGCAUGGAGAGUGGCAUGGCGGAGUGCUUCGGCCCCAUUGCCGAGAAGAACGGCCUCGUGUGGACUGAGUUUGCCAAAGCCAUGAAGAUGCUUGGCCUACCCUGGCCCUGGACCCCAGCUCAGCAUGCGCUAGGCUGCGAGGCGGCGCUAGGUUGGAAGGUCACACGCACCAGUUAUGCCAUGCCGGGAGAGGUUUCGGCCGGGCAACGCUUGAGGCGCCAACUGAGGGCGGCGCAGCAACAUUCAGAGGCGAUGCGAAGAGAUGCUGCGGAUCUGCCGCUGCCAUGGCACUUCGCCGACACGCUGAACUCCUCGCUCCAUGCGAAGUUCUUUGUGCUGCGGCCGCCCCGCGAGCUCCGGCGCCUGCAGGGCCAAGACUUCGAGUGCGAAUACUUUGGGCACAUGUAUAGCUUUGAAUUCAUGUACCCGGACUUCUUUGAGCUGAACGGUCAAUUCCUGGCCGCCACGCCGGAAGAAGCGGACUUCGUGGUGUUGGAGCACUGUGUGACCUAUGCGUACCAUGUGCUUCGUUAUGGUGCUGGCUACAACACUGUGAAGCUGACUUGGGAAGCUUUGCGUAUUGUCCAGGAGUCAUACUUGUUGCCUAUCAUCCAUUGGGCUGAGAGCACUCCAGCAUAUCAGAAGUUCCAGGGCAGGAACUUCGUCAUCGUGUUUGCCAUGGACAAGGGCCGUGCGGACUAUCCCAUCGCCUCCAGAGCGACUCAACACUGGCAUGCCAUCACUACAGUGGGCAAUGGCACGACUUGGAUGAAGAGGCACGAGCCCUACCUGCUCCUCGAGUCGACGGCGCCGGACCCCUGCCGCGGCCGCAGCAGCACCUCGAAGAGGCGUUUGAUCUACUAUGAACAGGACGUGGUGGCUCCAGUCCCCACAGGCUUUGAGUGGACAGAGGCCUCCGAGCAGGUGGAGGAUCGGCACUUGCUUCUCUUUUAUGCGGCCUCGCCGAACUCCUGCAUCCGCCGCCACAUCAGCCGAGAGCUGGCAGAGUCUGCAGAUGCUGAGGUACUGGUGAUUCCAAAGCCAAUCCCAAAGAAACCUUGGAGCGACUUCCUUUACCGCUCGAAGUUUUGCUUCGUGCCGGACGGUUUCUCAUCUAUCUCAGCCAGGCUGUAUGAGGUCUUGCUGCACGGCUGUGUGCCGGUGCUUCUCACACAUGCUUUUCACCCGCCCUUUGAGCGGCUGGUGGAUUGGCGGCGCCUGGCCAUCUUCUUGCGGAACAGCGAGGUGGCCGAGGCCCCUGCCAUUCUGAGGAAUAUCAGCGAGGAGGACUACCUGGCGAUGCAUCGGGAAGUGGUCCGUGCUCGUCGCUUAUUGAACGUGCAUGACAUGCCCUUUUGGAUCGCAACCAACCUGGACCUGCAGCUCCGGCGUCGCACCUGA